AUGCUGGGAGUCAGCCUUGCGCCUCCACAGCCUCCGUACCAAGCUUCUGUCUUCUGGAAGGAAGUGGGCACUAGGAUGGAGACCACACAUCCUUUAGAUCAAGCAAGCUUCCCAGAGCUUCUCGAGCUUCUCCCGCCCAACCUACGCCCAAUGUUGAAGCCAAGCUUUCCCGGCCCGGCCCCAUCUCAUGACCACAUCUCACUCCCUUCCACUGGUCUAGCCUCCGAUACUGUACCUCAGGUUCGAGGCAGCUCCAAUCACUUGACUGGAUAG